AUGACCUGGAAGCUUGAGAUACGCGAUGCUCGCUCCCUCCCCACCCGCAUCCAGCCAGCCUACAAGGAGAGCUCGACAUCCUCCCUUCUCUCUCUCCACUGGCCAGAGCCGCCCCGAAACGUCCUCAUCGUCCCCAAGCUACUGUCGCCAAAGGUCAACGAGUCCGCCGUCGCUUUCGCUCGCCACAUACAGACCGAAUACCCGAAUCUCAACCUCAUCUUUGAGCGGCGCGUCGCCGAAGAGAUCCACGACUCUCUGCCGCAACCUAUCUACACCUCAGAGCCCGCCCACUUCCCCAGCAGGAUCGACGUCGUGGCCACUCUUGGAGGCGAUGGCACCAUCCUGCGGGCCGCCAGUCUCUUUAGCCUCCACGAGUCCGUCCCUCCCGUGCUUGCCUUCAGCAUGGGCACGCUGGGCUUUCUCGGCGAAUGGAAGUUUGACGAGUUCAAGCGCGCCUGGCGCGAAGUGUACAUGAGCGGCAGCAAGGUUGCUGUUAGCGACCUGCAGGAUCCCCAUACACAGACAGCCGCUGGUGCUCGCAAGCAUCCCAAGGACGAGGCCGAAAACCUACAUGUCGCCUGGGACCAUGUACGCGGCAAGAGCCUCGGCACCGCACGCUCGAGCAAAAUCCUCUUGCGCAAUAGACUAAAGGUCGGGAUAUAUGAUCAGAAUGGUAUCAACGUCAACGAGCAGCUCAUGCCGACCUCAACCGCCGAGCUCCACCAGCCUCUUCCCCCCGUGCCCCCAGAGCACAAACAGCUGUCCAGCUCUGGCCAGCCCCUGGCGCCGGCCUUUCAUGCCAUCAACGAACUUGUCAUACAUCGCGGACCGAACCCCCAUCUCGCCAUUAUUGACGUCUUUGUCGACAACCACUUCCUGACCGAGGCCGUGGCCGACGGUAUUCUCGUCAGCACCCCGACAGGCUCCACCGCGUACUCCUUGUCUGCUGGUGGUAGUAUCAUGCAUCCACUAGUCAAGGCUCUUCUCAUCACACCCAUCUGUGCACGAAGUUUGAGCUUCCGCCCCCUCGGGCUUCCUCUCAGCACCAAAGUCGUGCUCAAGAUCAGCGAGAAGAAUCGCGGGCGCGAGCUGGAAGUCAGCAUUGAUGGCAAGAGGACAGCCGGCGUCACUAUUGGCAUGGAAAUCCGCAUAGAAGGCGAGAUGGUCGGGCCUCGCGUCCACGGAGAGGGCAGCUGGAAUGGUGGUGUGCCUUGUGUGAUCCGCACUCCACCACAUGGUGGCAACAAUAGAGAUGGCAUUGCAGAGGACGACGACGGCUGGGUCGGCGGCCUCAAUGGCUUGCUCAAAUUCAACUACCCAUUUGGCGAGUGA